GGGCGGGGCCAGGACGCGGGCCGGGGAUGGGCGGGGCCAGGGGGAGGGGCGGGGCCGGGGGGAGGGGCGGGGCCUGGCCAUGUCCCGUGACUGAGGCCUAGCUGAGUUGCUGCGUCGGCUGCGGGGUCUGAGGUUCGCCUGGAGCGGCGGCCGGACUAAUGGAGCCGGUGAGCUGGCGCUCUGACCCGGUAUUCCCCCUCUUUGGGGAUAAGUGCGGCUCUGACGCUGAGCGGCUCGACUCCUCGUAUGGGUCAGAGUCUCUGAGCGGGCGGUUGGAGUCCGCCUCAUACCAGCUUCAGGAGGUGGAGGUGGCGCAACCUGAGGGUCAGGGGAGUGAGGGAGAGGGCAGUGAGGGUCAGGGGAGUGAGACACAGAGACCUGAGGGGCAGGGCAGUGGGUUGCUGGGCACUGAGAGUGACCCCAAAGCCUACAAUGAGCAGGAUUCUACUGAACGCCUCGACUCCUCGUAUGGAUCCCAGUCCCUGACUGAGUCACUGAGUGAAGCACUGGAACACAGCUGCAAAUUGGAAAUGUCUGGGGACCUUGCAGCACAGACUGAAGCUCGACUCAACCCAUACACCUUCCUGGGUGAAGACGGAGACUCGAUUGUACACUUAGCAAUAAUCCACAAAGCUGAGGACUAUGCUCUCCAUUUCAUCUCUUACUUCACAGUGGAAAUGUUGGACAUCCAGAAUGACCUGUUCCAGUCAGCCCUGCAUCUAGCCGUGUAUACUGAGCAGCUGAACAUUGUACAAGAGCUGCUGCGAAAAGGGGUGAAUAUGAAUCAACAAGACUGGAAUGGGAACACACCCCUCCACCUGGCCUGUCAGCACCAGCUGCUCGACUGUGUGAGGCUACUAACAAGCAACAGAACUGGAAAGAAACUGAAUAUGGAGCUGCAGAACUGGCAAGGUAGAACAUGUCUCCACACAGCGACUCUCACAAGGAACCAGAAGAUCUUAGCCAUGUUGCUGCAAACAGGAAGCAACAUUAACUCCCAGGAUGGUCCAAGUGGGAAGACCAGCCUACACCUGUCUGUGGAGUGUGGGGACUGUGCCCUUGUGCGGUUUCUGCUGAGGAUGGGGGCCAGCGUCAAUGCGACUAUGUACAAUGGCUGCACAGCCCUACACCUGGCAGUGGGCAGGUGGGAUACCCAGAUCGCAGACAUCCUGUGCCAGGCUGGGGCAGAUCCUUUACUGCCCAAUGUGGAGGGGGACACAGCCCAGGACCUGGCCUCUGGCAACGUUGAUAUCCUUGCAUUGUUUCCAUUUGAUGAUAUAAAGUUGAUGGGGAGACCAGUGAGAUGUUCUGACUUUUGAUGGCUUAUUGGACGUUAAAUAUACACAGGAAAGAGGAGUUGAAGCAACAGAGAAAACACACACUGCUUCAUCAAACCUGCAAGGACCUGGAUCAAGUAUUAGCCAGUCACUCGUCCUGAACAGAUUGACAAGCCAAUGGAGUUCAUGACCUCCACAUCAAGACUGAAACCUUGGAGUGGGAACUUUGGGAUGUGUUCAAUUAACACCAUCACCUCAAUGGCCUGCCCGAGGACAAUAACACAGAGGAAGAUUGCUGUAUCAUCUUCCACAACCUCAGGACAUCUCCAAGUGCUUUGUAGCCAAUAAAAUAGUUUGGUGGCUAUGUACGAGAUACAGUUAUCAAUUCCAUUCAACAAACAGCACUCCCUCUUAGAAAGAGAAACUCUUUCAUUGAUGCGGAGUGACGCACAGCUAUUGACCUGAACACUUGCACAAUUCCUCACAUCUUCCUUGAGGAAGUUUCCAUUAGAUUCCUCACAUCACUGUCAGCACAGAUGGGGCUUUAGUUUGAACAUUCCAGUAAUGCAGCCCUCCCUCAGCACUGACCCUCCAAUAGUGCAGUGCUGAUUUUCAUGUUUGUCUGGGUCUCAGUUCAUGGGUCUCAGUUCAUCAGUAGAUUGCCUUCCGAUUCUGUGCUGUGGCUUAUAUUGUACGAUGUUUAUUAACAUUGGAAGAAGUUUGGAAACUAUCAUUAGGCUUGUGCUGAAUCUGCUUUAAUUGAGAAGAAUUCCACUGUACAGGCAGAUCCAUAUCGCUAUCUGUUCUGUACUGCCUGAUGUUUUUAAAGAACAGAAUGUGUUUUUUUUUAAAUGGGUGCGUAGGCUGAGGAAGUUUAUUGAUUCUAUUUUGUCAUUAUAUACCAUUUACUGGUAAUAAAUGUUAACUAAUAUCUA